GCUUGUGUGUGUAUGGGUUAAAGGCAGAUAAAUCAUUUCCUCGAGGGAAUCAAUAAAGUCUGACUUAUUUGUUCAUACCAACUUCUUCCUGACUUUACUACAUCCAUUCAGUAGAAAUCGCAACAAUCGUGUGUUACAAGGAACCUUCUGAUGAAUCUUCUAAACGUCUGAUGUUUACAUUGAAGUAUAGCACAUGAUGGUGCCUUCAAACCUGGACAGGUCGAACAGUCUGGUGCGACAGAAUAAAACCAUCUCAGCCUGCGACGGAUCAGCUGUCUCAGUUGGAGAACAAAGCAGCAAGUCCAGAGUAAAAGCCUGCUCUGAAACAAGAAUGAUAUUUCUGAUAAAAGCUUCCAGAGAUGUCUAUAGCUGCGUAUAUAACCCCCUCUGCUAAUGAAGCUGCAUGUGAUGACAGAAUGACAGCUCGGACCUGCUUUCCCCACUGCAGGACUAUUAAGGGUUUUCUUAUCUUUUUACAUUUUUAAAUUUAUUUUAUUAUUGUUAAAUUGCCACAUGCUGUAUUCUGUUUAUACUGCUGCAACGUUAAGACACGGAUGCAUCUUUGUUUGUUUGUUUGUAUAACAUGUCGUUCUGCUCGUUUUUUAUAUUAAUAUUUGGGGCUUUGAGUUAGUUUUGUGUUGAGUGGCCGCCAGGUGGCAGCAGUCAGCAAACGGAACAAAAGAUGCUGCAACAGCGAAAAUGUUCCGGGUGGAAACUGCAACAAUAAACAGCCUGAGCCCCACUUUUAAAUGUCUCCGGUAAAAACACUGCUUCGUGUGUCGUCACCGCGUAUGUUCGGUUCGUGUUGUCAGGCCUGAACAGACCCAAUCUGAGGUUCAGCUCGGUCAUGUCGUUGUUCCGAACUGCUGCUCUCAGUUGCAGAGUUCUGCCCGCUCUUCGGUGCCUGUCCGCCGGCUACAGCGCCUCCAGAACCACUCUGUACGUCCAGGGCCAGAGUCCGGAACCACGUAUCCGGGAGUACUUCUACUACCUGGACCACCAGGGCCAGCUCUUCCUCGAUGACACUAAAGUGAAGAACUUUGUGACCUGCUUCAAAGAUAAAGAAUUCCUCGUCUUCUUCUUCAGUCGCCUGCGGUCCAAUCAGAGUGGACGCUAUGAGGAGGACUUCCCCUUCCUGUCCCUGUGUGGGAGGGAGAGGAACUUCCUGCGGUGCGAUGACCGACCUCUGGUCUUCACCCACCUGCUGCAGGUGCCUGCGGAGCCGGAGGGCAUCAUGGGAGAGAAGGAGCUGCUGUCAUAUUGUGGAGGAGCGGAGAAGCUGACCGUCCCAUUCUGCCCAGAGGCUCUGUACAUGCAUCCCAUCAGCGGGCGGCUGUACCACCCGUCCUCCCAGCGCGCAGGAGGAGCUGGUCUGGUCCGGUCAGCUCUGGCCAUCGAGCUCAGCUCCUUCUUCGUCUACGCAGCAGAGCCGGGCCAAUCAGGACAGCCGACACACUUCAUCUGGGGAGGACAGAAGCACACACUGACCAAUGAGCUCGCACGAUUCUUUCCCUCAGAGGAAGGUGGCAGCAGGCAUCAGGGAGGACAGGGGAAAUGAACAGAACAAGCCUUCUAGACUCUAAAAAGCCUCCAUUGAUUUUACCUCCCACGCUACCCAAUCUGUAUGUCUGUCUCUGUCACACACUGGCAACCAGUUCAGAGUCAACGCUGCCUCAUCUGAGUUACAGCCAUAGCUCCUAUGAGGGUUGUGAAGAUGUGGUUAAGCGUUGCAUGAAUAAUUAGAUGCGGUGUUAAUAUGUAUUUAUUACUUCUUGUACCAGAGGCGCCACGUUAGUUUUAUGGUGAUCUGUGUUUCAUAACUGAGACUGAUCAAGACACGUUAAACACUUGAGCUUUUCACAGACUGUACUGGUCAAUAAUUAAGACACUGGUUAAAGUGAGUUAAAGUGAGUCACGUGUUUCUCCACUAAAUAGACAUUUGUGGCGCUUUAGAAAGUGGGAAUCAUUCUGGAAUAAUUUCACUUUGCAGUGACACAAUUUCAGAAACAUGAUGCUGAAGUGAUUCUUUGGAAGUUGAACGAGGCUUGUUUUUUGGCCCUGUUGUUGGUAUUAGUAUCAGUGGUUUGAGGUUAAUGUGCAACAUCCGUGACCUCCUUGUUGCCGUCUGUCACCAAAGGAAAGACAAAUGGUUCAGGAAACAGAAGAAGAUUCAUAAGAAUAAUUAGACGUGACAAAAGGACGUGACUUGACCAGUUUGUGGUUUCUUUCACACAAACAGCCUGAUGACGCCUUGCACUCAGUGCUGUCAGGUGGGAAAUUAAAAAAAUAUAUCUCA